UAAUAUUACAUGAAUAUAUAAGAAAAAUAUUAUGCCUAAAGUACGCCGUAGCCGCAAACCACCGCCAGAUGGCUGGGAGCUUAUCGAACCGACACUGGAGGAGCUGGAACAAAAAAUGCGCGAAGCUGAGACGGAGCCACAUGAAGGCAAGCGUAUCACAGAGUCGCUAUGGCCCAUCUUUAAGAUCCAUCACCAGAAGACGCGCUACAUCUACGAUUUGUUCUAUCGCCGCAAAGCCAUCAGCCGGGAGCUCUACGACUACUGCCUGAAGGAGAAGAUCGCCGACAGCAAUUUGAUAGCUAAAUGGAAGAAGGCUGGCUAUGAAAAUCUAUGCUGCUUGCGCUGUAUCCAGACACGCGACACCAACUUUGGCACCAACUGUAUUUGCCGCGUGCCGAAGUCCAAGCUCGAGGAGGGUCGCAUCGUUGAAUGCGUUCAUUGUGGCUGCCGUGGCUGCUCCGGCUAAGCCAUUUUUAUAUACAUAUAGUU